GUUCGGUUGCGCGGAAGCGGCGUGUUGUUGUCUCUUGCCUGAUGCGCAAGCGUUGUAUGGGGUUAUGGUGACUACUCGAGACCCCGGAUUGUGGCCUAACUAAUUAUCUCUGCAACUUUCAGAUAAUGCGGAGAUUCUAUAUGGUCUUUGAGGAAUGUGCCUUAACUGGAAUAAGAAAAAUGCAUUUUCAGUACACCCAAGAAACCUUCUGAUAGUUAAUUUUGAAAUUUGAAAAUUUUCAAAAAUUUGAAAAAAGAAAGAUGUACUUUUAGAUUGGGGAAAAUCAUGUUUCCAUUAAAAAUGCUUAGGUUGAAACACAUUUGCUACCUCUCAAUGAAAUUCUAUCACUCAGGAGUUAAAGGGAGUGAUUUUUUAAUGUAUCAUUUAGGCAACUGCUCAAAUGAGGAUCAAGUAUUUGAUCUUGUAGACAAGAACAAAGCCAAGCUUGCAGUGAUGCAUGUGGGUAGUGCAAUAAACCUACUCUGGCAAUUUCAAAAGGAAAAGCCACAGAUGCUAAGGAGUAUACAUUACAUCAGAAAUCAUUCACAGUUCAUGGUUCUUCGUGUGUUAGCUGAAAACAAGAUUGACCAGAUGGAUGAUGAAAUGCUGGUGGAUAUGUUGUACAAUGCACUGAGGUUGAAAAUUGAACCGCAUGAUUCUCUUGUACAACAACUUAUGAUCGAAGCACAGGGAAGAAUUGAAAGAUUUCCUAUGGCAGUGUUAUCCAAGUUUGCUGUAUGCCUGAUAGAUCAGCAUUUAUAUCAUAGUAUAUUAAUGGGAGAAGUUGCUGAUAUUGUUAACAGGAAAUUGGAAUCCAUUCACGAUGCAAGGAUACUUUCAUCAUUAAUGUUAAGCAUUUCUGCUUUGAUUUCUAAACGCCUUCGGAAUUGUCUAAUAGAGAAGGCAGAGCUUUUACUGGAUACUAGAGAUCCUUCACAGUUUAACAGUUCACGCCGAAUUGUGCAAUUUCUACGCAAUGUCAAGCACAGUUAUCGUCCUUUGUUAGAAAAAUGCAAUGAGGUUUUUCUUGAGAGCAUGAGAAGCUUAGAUGCUGAUAAUCUAAGCAUCAUCCUUGGAGUGUACCAAUCUCUACAUUUCAACAAUUGUGACUUCCGGUUAGCUGCUAGGUGGAGACUUAUUGAACUUAUGGAUACUCAUAUUGAUCCAGUGAGUUUUGCCAGACUUUUUGCAGCAUUGGGACCUUUAUCAGGGAGUGUGAUUAAGGAAAGACUUGAAUCUGCUGCCUUGUUGAUGGUUGAAGAGUUUAGUCCUUCACAGACAUUAGCCAUCAUAGAGACCAUGGCAGAAAUGGAGUGCAGGAAUCCACAACUAAUUCAAAAUGUUGCAUCGUCUUUGUCCAAACAAUUGGAUGCAUACAGGCCAGUGGAUAUUGCAAAGAUUACACAGGCUUUGCUGUCACUUCAUUGUCAAAGACCAAAACUAUUUGCAGAAUUGAGGCAAAGGUUAAUAAGCUACCUUCGUCUCAGUAUUGUUCCUUAUGAGAUAUCUAUGUUUACUCGUGUCCUGUCUCUGCUUCCUUCUCCACGAACUGAUCACUUGAUUCCUGCACGUAUUGAUGAUGUCUUACCCCAGUGCAAUUUAAGUGACUUGAAUGCAUUUGCCAUUGCCAUUACCAGGUGGGUAAGGAAUAGCUCCUCAUACCAACCUGGUACAGCAACUGGUCAUGUGAAGCUUCUUCAGAAGUUAAAUAUGUGUGGCUUGGAGAGACUGCAGAAAGCAAAUGACUUGGACCUGUUAUUAGAAGAACUGAAAUAUACCAGUGGCGAGUGGUUUGAAGAAGUUCUAGCAGAAGAGGCAAUGGCAAGCUUUGAAAGAUUAAUAGGGCAAAUAACUUCAUCCAAUGUUUCUGAAAUUGCUCUGUUUCUAACCAGAACAAAUUGCCUGCAUCCUGGUCUGCUGGAUCAGAUAGCAUCUGUCACACUUGAGCAUAUCAACAAGAUUCAUUAUUCAGCCACAUAUGCCAUCUUGCUUCCAUUCACUAUCUUCAAUUAUGAUCCUCCACAAGCUGAAGAUUUAUUUGAAUCGUGUAUACAACGAUCAAGGACUCAUUUGAGCUCAUUUGACCCUCAUCUUCUGGUGUUAUUUGGUUACUCACUAGCUCUUGCAGGCUACUUCCCGGAAGAUAUAAUUAAGACUAUUUUCAGUAUUGAUUUCCUAGCAAAGUUGGACUCGCAGUUGGACACUCUGUCAGAUGCUCUGAACAUACGCAUCAGGUUACGUUUAAUGGAACUGAACAGGGCUGUCUGUUUGGAGUGCCCAGAAUUCCAGACCACAUGGUUUCAUGAUCUUUAUUGCCAGAAGUUGCUAAAUAAAGGCAAUAUUUAUGUUGGUCCAGUGCAGCAGCAAAUUCAUGAAAUACUGGGCCAUUUAUUGGGAGGAAGUAACUAUGUCAAAGCCUCUGUUAUCACCCCAUAUUAUUAUUUCGCUGACUUUGAAUGUGUACUUGACAAAAACCAAAAGCCUAUUCCUUAUGUGGAUCAGACCACUGUACUACUACCCAAGAAUGGAAAAGUGCCUUGGAGAUCAGACAAUGAACUUAUUGGAGAGAAACAGACACCAGUUGAAGGAAAAAGAGUUCUCAUAGACUUUCUCAAUGCUAAAGCGUUCUGCAAAAACUAUCAUCAAGUUAAGGGAGAAGCUGCUAUGAAAAAGAGGCACUUGGAGAUUCUGGGAUACCAUGUAGUGCAGAUACCUCAUUUUGAAUGGAAUUCCAUGGAAUUGUCAACAAAGGAUGCAUGGAUGGAAUACCUUAAACAAAAGAUAUUUGCAUUAGUAUUUUAGCAAGCCAGGCAGCAUAUAUGGAAAAAAGUAUAGUUGACGUUUUGGGCUGAGACCCUUAAUUUCUUGGUCGAAAUGUCAACUAUACAUUUUUUCCAUAGAUGUUGCCUGACCUGCUGAGUUCCUCCAGCAUUUUGUGUGUGUUGCUUGGAUUUUCAGCAUCUGCAUAUUUUCUCGUUUGCAUAAGUAUCUUAUUCAUGAAUCAAGUUUUGAAAGCUGUUUUUGAUCCAUGCACACACGUGUAAGUCUAUCAUAAUUAUGUAAAUAAAUUAUAUUUUACCAGAU